AGCGACGCUUUAAGUGUAACUCCGAACACACAAGUCCACACACGGCGUUUAGUGCGAGUUUGUGUGUAAUGCGGUAAGUGUGAAGCUGCAGUUUUAUACCCGUGUGAUUUAUAUCUGUAUCUCGCUCUUAAACGGUCGUUAGCUUUCUGUCGCUAACAUCAACAUGAGCGGCUGCUUUCUGAGACGGUGACCUGUGAUUGGCCCAGCCUGGGUCGCCAAUGGCAACAAUCCCACCCCCUCAACUGUGGUGAUAUAAACUAGUGGGAGCUGGAUAUACUCUGACCACACACACACACACAUCACGUAUGAAUCGUCUUGUAGGUUUGUUUCUGGUAUUCACCCAGGAGCAGGAAGUGCAGUUAUGAACUGCAUGCACGCACCUUUGCAUGUGAUUAUUUAUGUGUGUGAACUCACACAGAGAUAAUAAGCCAGUGUGUGGUUUGUCCACUUCCUCGUUAUCGCCGUUCUGCUGGACCACUCGUUUAUACCUCGACCGCCAUGUUUUAGUUUAACGGGUUUAGCUAACGGGUGCUUUGUGUGACACCUCCGUCACCCAACUGCAUCUCUGUUGUCAGAUAUGAGACCUCCGUAGGCCGAGGUCACCUCCAGCUGGCUUCUGUUUCAGUUCUGAACCCCUCUCUGAGUGACCCGGACUCACCAUGCACACUCUGAACUCAAAGUGGCGUUAUUUGUUCAUGCUGCUUGGCCUGCAGCUCAUCGUCAUGGCCCUCCUGUCCAGAGACUCUUACCAGAAGAGGGUCACUUACUUUUUCCGGAUUUUCCGCAAACUGGAUGUGCUGAGCGGUCCGACCUGGUCAGGGGCUGUUCACGGGACCAACCGCACAGGCACCGACGUCUACGCCAACCUGUCCCAACUGGUGCUAGUGUCCAAGAAAGAGGAAAUGCACUACUGCCCUAAAAAAUCACCACUGCUCAGUGGACCAAUCCACAUCAGCUUACCCUCAAGACUCACACUCGCUCAUGUGAAGAGGAAGAAUCCACUGGUGGUUCGCGGGGGACGCUACAGACCGCCGGACUGCGAGGCCCGGCAUCGCACCGCUAUAGUCAUUCCUCACAGGAACCGAGAACAACACCUGAAGUACCUCCUGUACUACCUACACCCCUUCCUACAGAGGCAACAGCUGAGCUAUGGCAUCUACGUCAUCCACCAGGCCGGUAACUACACGUUUAACCGGGCAAAGCUGAUGAACGUUGGCUUCCGGGAAGCGAUGAGGGAGGAGGACUGGGACUGUCUGUACUUCCAUGAUGUGGAUCUGAUCCCUGAGGAUGACCGUAACACAUACGUGUGCGACAAAUAUCCCAAACACGCCGCCAUCGCCAUGGACAAGUUCGGCUACAAACUGCCCUAUAAAGGUUAUUUUGGUGGCGUGUCAGCAUUAUCUCCUCUACACUAUCUGAAGAUGAACGGCUUCCCCAACAACUACUGGGGCUGGGGGGGUGAGGACGAUGACAUAGGCAUCCGUGUGUCUCUGGCUGGGAUGUUCAUCAGCCGUCCGUCUCUGAGGAUCGGCCGCUACAAGAUGAUCAAGCACAAACUGGAUAAGGGCAAUGAGGUCAACCCUAAAAGGUUCAGUUUGUUGGCGAAGACGCAGCAGACAUGGAAGUUGGAUGGGAUGAACUCACUGGAGUACGAGCUCGUGUCUCGGGAUUACUUACCUCUCUACACCAACAUCACCGUCAACAUCGGCACCAACCACACCCUGAAACCUACAACCUCUAAACUGCCCGGCAAACGUGAAGAGAACCGGCCUGGACGCUGACACACACACAGACCUGUGUCUUACACACACCUUUCCGCACGCGUGUGUGUGUAAGAGAUUCACAGACAGACAGACAGACAGACAGACAGACACACACACACGGUUGACUUUUGAAUGAUUGUACAGUUUGUGGUACAGAGCCUCGGUAGUGCAUAUAUCAGGUUAUAAACUCUAGUGCUAUUUCUUACAGGGGUCUGUCUCUCUCCCCCUGUCGGUCUCUCUCCCUCUCCCCCUGUCGGUCUCUCUCUCUCUCUCUCUCCCUGUCGGUCUCUCUCUCUCUCCCCCUGUCGGUCUCUCUCUCUCCCCCUGUCGGUCUCUCUCUCUCUCCCUGUCGGUCUCUCUCUCUCUCUCCCUGUCUGUAAUGUUCUUUUUCUGUUCAACUCUCUUAUUCUCUCUUACUUUUAUAAUCACUCUUUCUGUCUCUCGCAUUUUCUCUGGGGUUCUGCUCAGUGUACACACACACCCCACCCCCCCACACUCACCCACACACACACAUGCACACACAGACCUGUGUCCCACACCUCUGCAUGUGUGUCUGUGUGUGUAAGAGAUUCACACCGGUGUUGCCUUAGACACAAAUCUGCACAAAUUUCUCUCUCUCUCUCUCUCUCUCUCUUUUUUUGUGUCUCUCCCUCUUCAUGGAUUUUUAUGGAUUUUUAAUUAGGAUCUCUGGGUUUCAGAACACCAGCAAAAAGGCCCAGAGGAUGAUGAGUAAUGGCUCACAGUUCCAGCUGUUUAACACAGAGUCCUGAUGUUACGCUGUGUGUAAACUAAAGGACUGUUUUAAUAUGAACACAAUCAGAAACUUUUAAACCAUUAACUGCUGCUUUACAUAUCCUUACAGCAUCCCGUCUGUCUGUCUGCUCGCUACCUUUGACCAUCGUGGCCUUUGUGAAGGUUUUGCAGUGUGAAUUUUGUAAUUUUGUUCGUUGUAAAACAACUCAGAUGUAGGACUUUUUAUUGAUAUCGAAGUAUCACAGUACUGUGUAUUGUUUAUAGUAAUGUACAUCUUUGUAGUUGACUCUUAGUGUUGGCUGUAAAUUGCUGAAGCACUCAAUAAGCAAGACAGCUUUUUUUUUCCCUUCUUCUCCCUUUUUUGUUAACCUUUUUGCUGGUGUGUCUCUUAGUUAAAGCAGUAACACCAGUCUGCUUAUGGACAUGUUGGAGCAACAGAAAUGACAAGCUACGAUAUUAACCUGGUUAAAGUCCACCUACCGCUGGUCACUGGUGUAAACAAAGCGUAACUAGCUAGCUGGGUAGUUAGCUGACUACACUCACACUAUUGAACUAUGAUGUACUAUUUCUGCCCCUCGUGACUGAUUGCUGCAGCAAACUCCAGACUGUUCAUGUUAAAUACGAGAUGAAUGUGGAUGUGAUGUCUACAAAUGUUACGCAUGAACUUUGUGUUGUACUUAUGGAAGACUGAAUCAUCUACAGAGUCGUGAUGGAUGAACUGACCGCUUGAGGGCGUGUCUGGGUGUGCAGGAGGGCGUGUCUGGGUGUGCAGGAGGGCGUGUCUGGGUGUGCAGGGGGCAGCUGAUUGGCUGUUGUGUGAUUUUUUUUUUUUUUUUUUUUUAGCUCUUUUGGCCUUUUGGAUCUUUUUAGGGAUUAGAGAUUACAGGAAGUCAUUUGGACUCCACAGUGAUGUGGUGAUCCCUCAGUGCCAUGUGUUUAGUAUAAUAGGGUUUUUUUUGUUUGUUUGUAUCCAAUGAAAGUAAAAUAUGGAGUCUCAUAUUUGGUGAAAAUGAGGACGGCCGUAUGGCUGCUGUGAAACGUAGCGUUCCGCUUCAGGACUUUUUAGCCCUCUUUGAUUGACUUCUAACCUUUUGACACGAUAGUCACAUGUCCAGGUCAGGAGAGAUCUCACCAGGAAGUGAAGGUUCUGUCUGACGUUCUAAAUUAAACUCUACUAAAUCUGGUUGCGAACAGAAUCAUCACUUUCACAUCUUCAUCUUCUCCGUCAAACAAAUCCUCAGGAACAUAAACACAAGCUAACGCUAAAAUAAACGAAUGCGCAUGAAUCCCAGCCGAUUCCUCCUGAAGAGACGCAGCGGCGACGUUUCCCCCGGAGCCCUGAGGAGACCCCUGAUCAGAUCGUCUGGACGUUUCAUCCUUUGUAUCUAAUAUCUGCUUUUUACCUGAUUGUAAAUCUGUUUUCUUGCUUUGUGAUGCCUCACAGUAGAAUGUUUUCCUUUUACUUUACUCUUAAGAUGUUUGUAACCACUAGGUGAAGGAGAAAUCUGGACGAUUGACCCACGCUCUGAAAUCUAAGAAUGCUAAUGGCUGAGUCGCCAUUAUUAGCGCAGGUGCUAACCUGCAGGACAUCAUGUGCUCUGUUAGGGUUUGGUACUUCAGGUGUCUUUAUGCAUAUCAAGGGCUGAGUGAUUUCAUUUCUCCUUCAGACUUUAAAUAAACGUCCCCCAGCCUACAAGAGUUCUCCAGAUAAGCAUUAAGGUGUGAAAUCGCUGCGUUAUUCUUCUUCAGCUUUAGCACACAGUACUGAUGUUAAUCACACGUUAUUCCAGCUCGACUAACCUUAACACCCGGGCUGGUUCUGUCAGUGCUAACAUCAGCUGAGUGACCGAUUUGUAAAUAAACAAAGUGUUUCACUGUUCAGCUGAAGAAGUGAACCUGUCAGUGAUGGGACACGGGGUCUGUGUCCAUCUCCUUCCAUUUCACAUCAAGCUUUAUUUCAUGCUGUAGGAGAUUAUUGUGGUGGUGGUGAUGGACUCAGGCCUGGUGUGUGUGUGUGUGUGUGUACAGAACUCCAGUCUGACGGAGUCUGUUUUAUCUAAACGUGCCUACAUUUGUGUGUGUGUGUGUGUGUGUGAGAGAGUUUUGGUGGUAGAGGGACUUUGUGAUUAUUUUUGUAAUAAAUUCUGCACAUUCUACAUAGUGGCCUUAUAAUAAAGAUUAAUAAAGUAAACCUUUAUCAAA